AUGGAUGUUGAAGUCGAAUUAACAAAUGAUUCUGAACAUUUAAUUCAAAUUCUUGGCGAUCGUAUUGAAGAGCUUGAACGUACACUUCAUGAUGAUGAAGAAUUUUGUAAUAAAGAUAUUGAUGCAACAUAUCAAGCUGGUUUAAAUUAUUUAAAAAAUUUUCAAGAAAAAUUUCAUGACAAAUUAAAUGAACUUAAAAUAAAACUUGAACGAAUUCGUGAAGAAAAUCUUCAAAUAUCAAAACAAAAUAAACAACAAUUCGAUGAUGAAAUUGAAGAAAUCAAUCAAUUAUUUUCUUCGGGAAAACAUCAAGAAGCUGUAGAAAAAUUUCGAGAUUAUGAAAAACGUUUUGAACAACGAACAACUGUUAUUAAUAAUAUACCAAAAUUAUUUAUGAAAAAUAUUGAUAUUCAACAAUAUUUUUCAUUUGAUAAACCAUUAAGUAUUCCUCAAACUCCAUCAUAUGAUAAUAAACAAAAUUCAUUAGAUCAUAAUAAACCAUUAAUUAAAACAUAUCCUCCUUCACAAAAGCCUUUCGAACUAGAUUAUAAUAAAUCCGAAGAUGAUGAAAAUAAUGAAAGAGAAUUUACUAGAUCAUCGUCCUUUAGUCAAUCGAAACAUUUAAAUACUCAAAGAAGUGUACCCAAUAAUUGUUUUAUAAUCAAAGAAUCUAAAUCUCCUUUAUCAACGGCUACAUCACGUCCUGUACGUUUCAGUACACGAUUACCACCAUCACCAUCACCUACAAGCAAGAGUUUACCAGUGACUGAACAUGAUACAGUUACUUCUUCAUUAGUACAAAGUAGUAUUUUAAAUUCUCAUGGAAAUAUUCCUAGUCAUUCACAAGUACGACUGACACCAUCGUCACCAAAUAUCAAUGCAUCAUUAUAUCAACGUCAAAUAUCGACUGUAAAAACGAGCAAAGGAGAAUUAACUCAAAAUUUCGGUAAUAAUUUGUGA